AUGAUGAAGGACUUGAUGUCUUGCAAGUUUGACUUUCAAAACUUGGCCAUGGUUACACUAACCCAAACCUGCAGUGCUGUUGUGACGAGACCCAUAGCCGAGAAGCUGUCUGAUCCAGGGAGUUUUACAAUCCCUUACAUAAUUGACAACUUUGCUUUUACUAAGGCACUGUGUGAUCUGGGAUCAAGCAUAAACCUUAUGCCCCUGGCUAUCUAUAAAAGGCUAGGCAUGGGAAGAGCUAUACCCAUGUCUAUGCUACUACAGCUGGCUGAUCGAACAGUGAAGAAGCCCUCUGGGAUUCUAGAUGAUGUAUUGGUGCAGGUUGGGAAGUUUAUGUUCCCAGUAGAUUUCAUCAUCCUUGACUAUCGGGUUGACGAGGAAAUUUCCAUAAUUUUGGGAAGACCAUUCUUGGACACUGGAAGAGCUUUAAUUGAUUGUGAAACUGGAGAGCUCAAGAUGAUAUUAAACAAUGAAGAGAUAACAUUCAAUGUGCAAAAAUCUAUGCGGAGACCAAGUGAAUAUGCUAAUUACUCUCUGAUAGAUGCGGUGGAUGUAGUCCUGGAGGAGGAAGAUAAGGCACUGAACAUUAAAGGCCAUCUAACAGCAUGUCUCAUGAACUUAGAUGAAGCUAAUGGAGAAGAGUUGGUUUAG